CUUCUUCGGCGUAGAGUUUAUCUAUCCACUUGUUGAGUUCCGAAAAUUAUCAUCAUUGUCAUUCCAUGAAUUCUGUAGUGCAAAAUUAAUUAACUCCCCAGGCGCCUAAUACGCUUGAGAGAACUUGUGUAAGUGAGUUCAGUGGAGUUUGAGGAGUUGUUGGUGCAGUGAGUAUUUGAUGCCAAAGACUGCAGCUAGGUUAAUUUAGGUUGGAGCUUGGUAAAUCUUUAACAUUGAAAAAAGCAAGGUUUUUGAUUAAUAAUAUGUAUCUUUGAUGUUAGUCACCUGAAAACAGAGCCAAAAGAGGGUUUGUUUCUGCAGAUCAGGGUGAGGAGGUGACUGGGAGUGGUUUAUGGUGGCAGAGAGGAAACUGAAGAAAAACAUGAAGUUUUUCCAGGGGAAAACGAAGGAAGGCACAGAAAUGAUAGAGGAGUCAAAUGGUUUGGGUUCCAAUUAUACUUGUGAUUCUGAAAUAAUGACGGACGCGUUUGGAUUAGAAGCAGAAAUUGCGAUUAGUUACGGAUUUGAACCAGGAUCUUUGGUUUGGGCGAAAGUAAAAUCUCACCCAUGGUGGCCAGGCUACAUUUUAAGUGAAGCUUUUGCUUCACCAUCUGUACGAAAAACCAAAAGAAAAGGUCACAUAUUAGUUGUUUUUUUCGGUGAUGCUAGUUAUGGAUGGUUUGAUCCAGCUAAACUUAUUCCAUUUGAGCCUUAUUAUUCUGAUAAAUCACAACAAAUGCAAAUGAAGGCUUUCACUAAAGCUGUUGAAGAAGCAGUUGACGAGAUUCGCCGAAGAGCCGCUCUUGGGUUGGCUUGCUGCUGUAGAUUCCCUCAUAAUUUUGAACCAACGAAAAAUCAAGGGUAUUACAAUGUUGAGCUGCAUGAUUAUGAGGAGGAGAUAUAUUCUCUUAGUGAUAUUAAGAAGGCAAGAGAUGAUUUUCAGCCUGGUGAAGUACUUUCUUUUAUCCAACAUGUGGCUGUGAAUCCUCAGGGUAACGAAGAAAAGAGUAUUGAUUGGAUUAAGAAUAUUACUACAGCCCUUGCCUUACGGAGUUCAACUUAUUUGGAAGUUGAUGAGACAUAUGUUCAGGCACUUAAACAAUUCAAGGCAUCCCCUGAGAGUGAUGCAGAUCGAGAGUUGGAUCAGGAAGCUGCACUGCCUUCUCAAGCUCCUUUAAGUGGUCCUUUCGGGGUUGAUGGGGAAUUGAAGGAAAAGAAUGCUUUAGGAAGACGAAGUUCAAGGACCAAGCGAAGAAGAAUAACUACCGACUCAAAUAGUCAGUAAAGCUGACUGAACCUAAAGCUCAACCCUGCAGUGAAGGUUAUGCAGAUUCCGUGGUCUCAUCAGAUUACACCGAAAGAGAAGUAGCAGUAUAAUUUGUUUUCCAGAAGAAUUUACAGUCUAUCUCAAUGAAGACCUCACUAUCAAAGUUCUGAACAGAGUUCGAACAACUAA